GGAGGUGCUGAUCCAAGAGCUGAGGACACAACAGGGAAGUCAGAUGUUGUUCGCACUGUUUGGAGUUAUGAUCCUGUAACUUGUAAUUGGCUUAGAGAAACCGAAAUGCUCACACCUAGGAAAAAUUUUGGCUUGGUGGUAAGCGGUGGAAAAUUAUAUGCCAUUGGUGGACAAGAUAAAAAAGGACGUGUUUUGUCAUCAGUGGAGUGUUUCAACCCGACAGUUGGGGUGUGGGAAGAAAUGUCAUCUUUAGCAGUUGGUCGUAUGGGAAUGGCAGCCACAAAAUUUCGAGACUUCAUUUGGGUGGCUGGCGGAAUGAUGAGUUUGAAAAGCACAUCUUUGAGCAGUGAUGUGGAGUGUUAUGAUACAAGGCGAAAUAUGUGA